UGUAAAGAAGAAGAAGAACCUUUGCGCAUGCGUGGACCGAUCGUGUCAAUAUCUUGUUGCUACAUGCAUCACUCUUUUAAGUGAACAAAAACAAACCCAUUUGAAACUGAUUUACGAAUACCCACAGCGCUUUUCCACGGCGAUUGAAUCGCCACAACAGGGUCGGCAAUGGUCCAAGAGAGUGUCCAGAUCAGGAGGCAGGGUGCCUAUGACUUCAAGGAAUACUACACUUUUGCCUGCACCCAACAGAAAUCCGUCCCCCUCACUGCAGUCAAAAUGCAUUUGGAUAAAGGCAUACUGGACUUUAACGGAGACAGGGUUAAACUAGUAGAUUGGCCACCCAUUCUUGAAUCAAUCUCCAUCAAUAAGCACCUUUGCCACAUUGCAAUAAGUAGCACGUACCAGACAAGUUAUGGUUGUGGUGAUGCAGACAGAAGGUACUACAAGCCGGUGUUCAGAAAGAAGAUCCCAUCUGUUCGCUCGAGGGACAUGACUUUCAGGUUGUGUAAGGCUUUGAAGGAGUGUCUGUCUGUCUCUCCUUGCCUGAAGACUUUAAAACUUAAUGGACUUCCACUGAGGGAAAGAGACCUUGUAAACUUAACAAAGGGUUUGGCAAAAAGUUCUUCCUUAGAAGCCAUUUCUCUCGCAAACUGUCCAAUCGCUGAUGGGGGCUUGGAAGUAAUUUGCCAAAGUGUGAAAUACUCUAAACACAUCAAAGAUAUUGACUUUACUGCAUGCAAUAUCACAUGGAGAGGAGCUGAGCAUUUGGCCAACAUCAUUCAGCAUCAGGGAAUACAGAGACAUGGCUCAGCUUGGGAACAGUCCUUAAGGUAUCAGCAGCCAAAAUUUGAGGGGAUGGGAGGUCUCCGUCGCCUCACCUUGAACUGUAACACAUUGAUUGGGGACCAAGGUGCCGUUCAGCUGGCACGUGAACUGGCUGAAGACCUCUGGCUCAGAGCUGUGGACAUGCAGAAAUGCGGCCUCUCCAAUCGAGGAGCCAGCCAUCUGCUCGAAGCCUUGAAGACAAAUGCUGCUCUUUGUGUACUGGACAUCCGUAACAACCCUUUAGUUGACAACACACUAAUCAAAACUAUAAUAGAGAAAGUGCUAAUGAGAGCUGACACACAGUCACGAGAGUACGGUUGGAUCACACCUGCCACCAAAGAGCCACUGAAAGCUUCUGCUUCCAAGAGACGAGUGCUCUCCCAAGCGGCUGCAGAGCGUACAGCAGCUCCUGAGAAAAUGGCCUCUCUUGGGGACAAGGGCUCAAUUGCUGCACAAUAUGAAAUGUCCACCUCAAGCAGCAGAAAUGUACCUCGUCAUUCUGCAGCACGGGCUGGGCGCCAGAGAGGUUUUCCUCCUGUAGUUCCUGUCACCGAGAGUGAGCAACAUCAUCAAGGCCAAGCCGGGUCCAACGUGAAAGUUACGUUUGAGUCUGAUUCAGAAGAAGAGGAGGAUGACGGCAAUGAAGAAGAGGGUGAAGCAUUUGUGCAUGGGGACCAGAGGCCAUCUCAUCAUAACCUCCAGGACAGCAUCCUUGCACGGCGGAUGGAGCGAAUGCAGAUGGCACUACAGGAAUGUCGUUUGAGGUUGGGAGAGGAGCGCAGGGCUAGACUCAAAGCUGAAUCAGGUCUCAGGGAGUUUGAGCUGGAGAACGCUCGUCUUCGCGACAACAAUCGUACCCUGUCCGAGGCGCUCUCAGCCACGGGUUCAGAGCACAGCACGCUUGAAAACGAGGACGUUCUUGAGAGCAUUGAGCGCUCAUUCAGCAAGUUCCACGCUUUCCUGGAUCUCGUCAAGGACGCUGGCCUCGGUCAGCUUGCAUCAAUGGCUGACAUCGACACGUCAGAUUUCCCGAUGUUGGGGAGACCGCAGCUCUCUUCCCCGCUUGGACACGUGACCCACCUAGAUAGAGCAGCAUCCAGUGGACAUCGUUCUAUUUUGACCCUGGGCGCUGACAUCACCAAGCCUAAAUCUCCAUCCUCAGUCAUAGGGUCCGUGCAUCGAGAUGGCCCUCUCGACAGGACUUUCCAACUACCUGGUGGAGCGCAGGUGCAGUUUAUUGCCAUGGGAGAACGGGACACAGCUCGGUUUUCUAAACCCGAAACCAAGUACGACUCUGUUUCGGAAUGCAGCUUCGCUAGCCAGAAACCCCUCCAUGAAACUCCAGGGAGUCGCCCGAACAGCAGCCAUAGCGGUUCUCAUCAAAGUAACGUGUCCCAUGGCAGCGCAUCCCUUGGCCGAUGGGGUGCAGGCGACCUCAGGAGAGACAUUGUAAGUGACAAAGCGUCCUUGCCGGGCUCACGGAGGUUGGUGGUCAUACCGCGGUCCGGGUCAGAGGGUAAGGCCAGUGCUGGGAGGGACCUUCUGAAGGAGAUCAGGUCUCAGAGAGCUCUGCAAGGGCGCUCGGAUGGUGAAUAUUUAUAACACAAAAUAUCUUUUGGUAGCACUUCUUCAUUUUAAUCAUUUGAGAAUUUAGUUUGGACAAUCUUGAAGAGUAAUCGUAUGAGAAUGUCCAUGCUAAAUGUUUUCAUCUCCAAUUUGACCAAAUAAAAUAUUUUUGGAACGUUUACUUUUAGCUGCACAGCCAGGAGAUGGGGGGGUUCAUAUCUCCGUUUGGACAGCUCUUUCUAGAGUUUGCAUGUUCUUGUUCAUGUGUUAAUUGAAUACUCUAAAUCAGAGGUGUUCAACACAUGGUCUGCAACCCCCACAGGGUAUGCAAAUAUACUGCCAGUAGGUAGUACAAUUUUUGGUUAAUUACAUUUUUUUACAUGUUUUUUAUAUCCACCUGCAAUUUUUCUACAGAUUUAAAGCGGACCUAUGAAGAUUUUAAUCUACAUUUAAAGCGUAUUAAUGUGUUCUGGAUAAUGUGUUGGAUAUGCUUUGGUCUAAAUUUUUCUUAUGGGAUCCCAUUUAUGCGUAUGCAGUCUGCAAGUUGUCCAUUGCGAAUGGAACCAUGCUCCACCCUCUCCAAAAGUUUGUUUAUGUAUCUUAUGAAAAUGUACACUGUUAAAACUAUAUCUUGAAGAUGAACGUUCUUGCUAUAUUUUUUCUUGAAAUUGCUGAAAAUAAACUUAAUAAAAAUAUAUAGAUUCACCCGGUCAAAGCAUUAGGUACACUACCGUUCAAAAGUUUGGGGUCACAUUAAAAUGUCCUUAUUUUUCAAUGAAGAUAACUUUAAACUAGUCUUAACUUUAAAGAAGUACACUCUAUACAUUGCUAAUGUGGUAAAUGACUAUUCUAGCUGCAAAUGUCUGGUUUUUGGUGCAAUAUCUACAUAGGUGUAUAGAGACCCAUUUCCAGAAACUAUCAGUCCAGUGUUCUAAUGGUACAAUGUGUUUGCUCAUUGGCUCAGAAGGCUAAUUGAUGAUUAGAAAACCCUUGUGCAAUCACGUUCACACAUCUGAAAACAGUUUAGCUCGUUACAGAAGCUACAAAACUGACCUUCCUUUGAGCAGAUUGAGUUUCUGGAGCAUCACAUUUGUGGGGUCAAUUAAACGCUCAAAAUGGCCAGAAAAAGAGAACUUUCAUCUGAAACGCGACAGUCUCUUCUUGUUCUUAGAAAUGAAGGAUAUUCCACAAAAUUGUUUGGGUGACCCCAA